UACACUGUUCGUCAGAUAGAAUGGGAGGAUUGUUCAGUUACUUCAAGGGGCUCCUAGGAUCCAGGGAGAUGAGAAUAUUGAUUCUUGGACUAGAUGGAGCAGGUAAAACAACGAUCCUGUACAGACUACAGGCCGGAGAAGUAGUUACAACUAUCCCAACUAUUGGAUUCAAUGUAGAAACUGUCACCUAUAAGAACCUCAAGUUUCAGGUUUGGGAUCUAGGAGGUCAGACCAGUAUUCGUCCUUAUUGGAGAUGUUACUACACUAAUACAGACGCUAUUAUUUAUGUUGUCGACAGUGCGGACAGGGACCGGAUGGGUAUAAGUAAGCAGGAACUAGUCUCUAUGCUGGAGGAAGAUGAACUAAAGGAUGCUGUCCUUGUAGUUCUAGCCAACAAGCAGGAUAUAGAGGGAGCUAUGAGUGUUACAGAAGUUCAUGGAGCUUUAGGUCUUGAUAAACUCAAGAAUAGAACUUUUCAAAUAUUUAAGGCGAGUGCAACUAAAGGAGAAGGUUUAGACGAAAGUAUGGAAUGGUUGAGUAACUCAUUGCAAACCCGGAAGUAAACCAAGAUGAAGGAGCAGAGGAAGCUGAGAGAGAGAAAAUCUUCCAAACCUUGCAUCCGGCCAACUCCUCUCUAGAACCUGAUAUCUAACUAAAGGGUGUUUCAGAAUAUUUGGAGCAUGAAUAGGACUGUUUAAAAGUAGUAUCAAUAUUCGGUACUUAUUUAUUUCUAUUAUCUAUUGUUUCCAUAUUUUUUUACAUCAUUGUAAAAUCUAUAAAAAAAAUUCAAAUUAACGGUUUCCGAAAGGUUUUGACUAUUCUGUGACACCCUGUGGAAACCUCCGCCAUUAUAGUUUCUUAUUAUUUCAUGUGAUAUUUAAGUGAUUUCUGCUCGACACUUGGUUUGU